AUGUGCCAGGCCAUCGUAGUCGUGCUACACGUGUGUCAGGCCAUCACAGUCGUGUUACACGUGUGUCAGGCCAUCACAGUCGUGUUACACAUGUGUCAGGCCUUCACAGUCGUGCUACACGUGUGUCAGGCCAUCACAGUCGUGCUACACGUGUGUCAGGCCAUCACAGUCGUGUUACACGUGUGUCAGGCCAUCAUAGUCGUGUUGCACGUGUGUCAGGCCAUCAUAGACGUGCUACACGUGUGCCAGGCCAUCACGGUCGUGCUACACGUGUGUCAGGCCAUUACAGUCGUGUUACAUGUGUGUCAGGCCAUCACAGUCGUGUUACACGUGUGUCAGGCAAUCAUAGUCGUGUUACAGGUGUGUCAGGCCAUCACAGUGGUGCUACACGUGUGCCAGGCCAUCACAGACGUGCUACACGCGUGUCAGGCCAUCACAGUGGUGCUACACGUGUGCCAGGCCAUCACAGACGUGCUACACGCGUGUCAGGCCAUCACAGUGGUGUUACAUGUGUGUCAGGCCUUCACAGUCGUGCUACACGUGUGUCAGGCCAUCACAGUCGCGUUGCAUGUUUGUCAGGCCAUCACAGUCGUGUUACACGUGUGUAAGGCAAUCACAGUCGUGUUACACGUGUGUCAGGCAAUCAUAGUCGUGCUACAUGUGUGUCGGGCCAUCACAGUCGUGUUACACGUGCGUCAGGCCAUCAUUGUAAAAAAAAUCUUGCAUGCGUUGUUACUUCUGGAGAAAGGGACGACAACAUGGCUGGUUUACUGA